AUGAGCUCGCCACGCGCUGCGUCCAACCGCCGCACGCGUGCGGAAGACAGCCUCAUGGAUGUCUCGCCACCGCGCCACAAGCGGCCCACGACGGCGAUCACCAAGGAGAACGGGUCGCCCGGCAAGGUCUCGCCGCCACGCGAGAUGUUUUGCACGCCGUCCGUGACCGACACGACGCGCCACGUCAAGUAUCCUGGCUGGCUCGAGUCGCCGCAGACGAAACGCCAGCGAGUACUGACGCCGACCAAGCCGACGCUGGCCGCGCGCUUUCUGCAGCAACGGAAGAAGACGGUCGUCGUGCGCCAUUUCACGCUCAAGCUGCACCCGACGAGCGCGUCGGCGCUGUCGCCGGCGCAGCGCGACCUCAUGGCAAGCCUUGGCCUCUACGCGAUCGAGCUCAACGCGACGCGCCCCUCGCUGCGCAUCACGCGCAAGCUCUUUGCGCCGCUCGCAGCGUCCUUUGACACCACCGCGCUCGGGUCCGACCACUGCACGCUCACGUACGACGACCGCGUCGUCCUCCUCCGCGACAAGAGCCCGAAAGGCAUCUUGGUCAACAAGCGGCGGAUACCCUUGAUGCUCGAGACGCACCUGCGCACGGGCGACGUCGUCCAGCUCGUACCAGGACUCUCGUACGUGCUCUGCAAGCGCGUGUGCGACCGCGACACGAAGCAGCGCUUCGUGCCCAAGCCCAAACGCCAGCUCCAUGCUACGCAGUCGUCCAUCGUCGUCUUUGCGGCGUCGCCUUUUGCCGGCAUGGACCGCGUCGGGCAAUUCCACCCGAUGCCGGCGCUUCCUCUCGAGACCGACUUUCACGUGAUCCAAAACUGCAUUCAUGAUGCGGCGGUCCAGUCGGGCCACGUGCCAUCGAUUUGCGUCUCGGCCAAGCCCGGGAUGCUUGAAGAGCUUCAGUACACGGCGACGCAGCGCUGCCAGGUGCUGCAUUUGAUCGGCCGGGGCAGCGCAAGCAGCGUGUACUUUGAGGACAGUCUCUCGCUCGUCCACCCUGUGAGCUACGAUGCGCUGCGCCACACGCUCUCGUUCGGCAAGGUGCCGCCCUUCCGCCUCGUCGUCCUCUCGUACGACCCUGCCGACACGCUCGCGUCCGUCUUCGUGUCGAUCGGCGUGCCCCAUGUGAUUGUGAUGCGCGAGUGCUCCCCUGUCGUCCACCGCGCGCUUUUAAGUGGGCUCUACCGCGCGCUGGCCAAGCGCAAGAGCGUCGAGCAAGCUGUCGCAGUCGCAACGCAAGCGUGCGUGGCCGAGUUUCCCGACGAAGGCGCCAACAAAAUGGUCUUGUUGCCGUCGACGACGCCCCAUACCGAAGUGCUCUUUGCGCUCGAGCCGAAGCGCAAGCUGCGGCACCGCGUGGUACCCCGACCGACGCCGCUCUACGAGAACCUGCCUCCGCUCUGCGAUGGUUUCUGCAACCGUAGUCUCGACCUCUUCAAGAUCACCAAACUCCUCUCGUCCAAGCGACGACUCAUUUCCAUCACGGGCGAAGCCGGCAUUGGUAAAUCUGCCGUCGCCAAGGCGCUUGCUCGCCACAUUUCGCUGCGGACGUCGUGGGUCGUGGGGCUGACAAGUCCAGUGCGCUACCUCCACGUCCCGACCGUCGUGGCGGCGACCCCACCCAACUCAACCAUGUGGGCGCACCUCUGGCACACGAGCCAGACGCUCGAGGGCACGGAAAGUGACUACUCGUGGCCGUCAGUGCUCAUUCUCGACGGCUGCGACGCGCUCACAGCGACCGACGCGGACCGCCUCACCUUCCGCGACCUCCUCUGCGACUGA